AAUGUCUCUCAGGAACAUCGUCAUCAUCCUCAUGAAUCCGCCGCCUCGACUUCGAUUUUGAACUUUGAUCCACAACAACCUCCACGCCUGUCUUGCGCUCAUUGUCACUACCUUCUUCGCCUUCCAAUUCAAUGUACUUGUCAUGUGUCCAAACCCCAUCAGCUGCAGAGCGUGAGCCAUAAGGCCUAUUCGGUCCACCAUCACGAUCUCGCCGUUCAUACUAUAUCAAAAAUGUUCGCGUGUAGCAAAGAGUCAAUAAUGCAAGUGCUUACGAACCCUGUCUCUGCCGCCAUAUCCGCGAAACCCAGUGAGCCGAUCACGUCUCGGCCCCAGGUCAAUUCGUGGAUCGUAUGCAUUACGGCCCCGCCAUUGCUUUUCCUCACCGCGAUCAUCAUGACCAAAAUAGCUUUUCCCUUUCGGCACGGUAGUAGGAUCUAUCAGUCUUUGCACAGGCUUACCCUCAUCUUCGUGGCGAAACGUUCCUGGAUGACAUAA